AUGUGCAACCGUGCUCCUUCACAGCAGCUCUCCCCACUUUCUCUCGAUCACCACUGUGGCCAUCGUUCAAUCCCUUCCUUCUCCAUCUCUGCCGAAGAGCAACCCCGUCUCGCCCUUCUGUGGGCCGUUCGCAACAUUGCGUUUUCCAGUAGGCCGCAGAUGAGCUCAUCAUCGGCUGUCACCGAGGGGCACGCCGAGGAUAGCUGGAACUUCCGCAUUGAGGAUGCUGGAGUCCCUCCCACGAUGGUGGCGACGUCGUCGUGGGUUUUUCUGUCAUUUAUCACAGCAGUGCUCUUUCUAGAGGUGCGCCCGGCAGCAAUUCGCCGCGUGCGAGCAUCGGCAGAGCACAACGCGUGCGUGAUUGCGGAUGAUGCGAACAGUUCUGCGCACACUCGACGGCUGUGGCGUCUGCUGGUGGCCGUGUGGACAUGCGCGCUUUACGACGUGGUGCACCGAACCUGCAGCUACUGCGUGUUGUCGGCCCACAUGCUCGUUCGGCGUCGAUUGCUGCCACUGGGUAGCGACUUUUUGUGGGAUGGGCUGUGGACGGAGUGGGUGAACUGGGUGCGCUUCUACGUUCUCUGUGCACCCUCCGCGACGACAUCGGCGGCGGCACAACUCACAUCAUGCGCAGGCUGGAAGCUUCCUCUGGCUGGCGCACUGGCCUAUGACCAGUACCCAGAGUACGCGGUGUUGAACGUGAGUAGCCCGGCUACACCAUCUGAGGUGAGGCUCUACCGCGGCGUGUGUCUUGCGUCGCUUGCAAUCACUUGGGUGGCGGUGGUGGCGUUGCACGGGCUGUACGCGCUCCUGCGUCGUCUCUUCUGCAGCGCCGCCUCGUCGGGCACUACGAGGUCCAGCGAAGUUGUCGCUGAUGAGCCAGCGCGCGCGGGGGAGGAGCAGGCAAUGCGCACAGACGACCUCACCACGGCACUCGACGCCGCGGAGGCCCCAGGUGAUGAUUCCUGGGUAGACAGCCCCGAGGCUAUCGCCGAGGAGGCGCGAUGGCGACAGCAAGACGAGCACCUGAGCCGACAACGAGGGUCUGCGCAUCCAGUGGGCAUGUCUGCACACGCUCCUGCUUCGCCUACCUCGUAUCUUGUAUGGCGGUGCUGGCCAUCCCUUGCGACCGCCGUCUACGCGACACUCUACGCCUUUGUUGGCGGACUGCCACUCCUCAUGAUCCUCCUCUUUCCUGCAGCCAUUGUGAUUAUCUCUGUCAUGGUAAUGCUGGUCACAGUGUAA